UUUUGAUGUUUUCUUUAUUAUCCUGAAUCGAAUUAAAACAAAACGUAGCCCACGGUACGCCACAUAAGUUCCGAUUUCAUUUGGUAUACUGUAUGACAUUCUUGGUGUCGUAGUUUUUGAGAACAUUCAAAAACAAAUUUGGAAUCGGCGAUGCAGACGACCACACAUUUUGUAUAUCUUGCAAAAACAAUGAAAAAACGGCUUGUUUAACCUGGUUCUUUAUAAAAAAACAUAUAUUAAAGCAAAUAUAUUCCAUUUAGAGUACCGUUGCCAGGCGUAUUGGUGUUUUUGAAGGCAAUAUUGAAAUAUCAAAUUAUGCGAACGACCACACUCGAGAAAUUUAGGCGAACGACCACACUUUCUAAAUAAAAUUUAAAGGGGGUGCGAAUAAAGCGUGAUGUUAACGUUUUUUCUAUUGAUAAUACUAUCAAAUGGAACCUUUUGAACGAUUGCAUCUAAAACUUACUAACUAACUAACUUUGUUUGAGUCUAGACAGUCACCAUCAAUUAACAUUUUGCCUUUGAAUAAUACUUUUUAGAUGGCCGCGACAACAUGGAGCAUCACAUGCUUGUUAUAUAUGAGCUAUUCAUGCUGAAAAAAGCCAGCCACGCUUGAAUACACUAAGUUAUAAAACAAAAUGCGGAAGAAAUCUGGGCUGAGCCUUCACCGGAGAAAGAACAGACGGUCUGAUCUUGUCCAUGUUGAUGUACCUCUAAACGUUGUCAUCAAUGCACAUAAUGUACCGAAAUGGACGCCAUCGAAAAGCAACAAACGGAAAAUGUCGCCAUGGAAAUCUCCAUUGAAAACGCCAUUUAAAUCGCCGCUGUACAAAGCCUAUAAAAUAAGUAAUAAAAAGUCGUCGUCUCGGUCUCUGUUUGGACCCUCGGAUGAUAAUGAGGAAGUCAUUGGCACUAUUUUGGACGAUAUUCCAGAUGAACAAUCUACAAUCACAAUCGAAAACUACGAUGAACCGGAUGAAUUUAUUGACUGUUGUAAGCGUACAAUACCGGCAACGGGAAAUUGUGAAAGUUCACUGAACAUUGAUUCGUUUGUGAGUACAGUUAAAACAGACGCAGAAAGUGUUUGUAACGAAAGUAAAUCAAGUGACAAAAAUAACGAUAUGGAUGAAGUAAUUCAAGAAAUGUUGUUCUUGAUUCCAGAUGUUGUUUCGAAACUAUCCAACACCCGGAAUGCCUUACACUUAACACUUUUAGACUUUCUUCGUCUAGUAGUUGCUGAUGCUUUCCCGCUCGACAAUAUUGCACUUAUGCUCUGGCUGGAAGUCGUCAAAUGGUAUACAUGCAAAAAUACAACACGGAUGCGGUAUUCAGAAACAACUAAACUUUUCUGGAAACUAGGAUGGAGGAUGUUUGGUGGACGGUUCAUUAACUUUAUGUGUGGUUAUAAAAAUCAACAAGAGGAAAAAGAUGUCCAUUCUGAGACAUUGGGCAAACGUUAUGAUCCCGUUUCAUCGCGUAUAAAUUUUGUUAUACCUGAUGUUAAGGUAUUGCGACAAUGUAUGCCUUACACUGAAGUCACUGAUAGAAAACCAGGUUUUUAUGGUGACAUAAUGGUUCAUAUGGGUGCUAAUAUGCAGCAGCAAUCUGCUUGUCUGACAUUUGACGGCAAGAAAAUUAAACAAGGCCUAACUCGAUCAUCGGGAGAUGUGGACCUAUUGGGAUUUGAGGAUUCAACUUCUUUGCAAGAACGUCUUUUUGACUUACAAUUGGCUAUAACUGAAUACGAAGUAUUUCUUUGUUACAUUGAUAACUGCAAGGAAAGGGAAAAACUUGAAAGUUUGUCGCAAGAAUUCCGUCAAAAGUUGCAGGAAAUACUUCUGAAAUCACUGCGCGAUACCUCGGCCGGUAUUGUGCAAGCCAAUGCACUGAAAAAGAAGAAGGAAUACGCCAAGGAAAAACUAGUAGAAAAAGGCGGUGGACUUACAUGGAAGGAAAGCAAAUUUGCGUAUGCUAUAAGUGCUGUCUUAGGAUAUAUCCAUGACAUUGAAAAAUAUUUGAUGACGGCGGAGAAAUGCAUUAGAAGCAUUUGCAUGUGUUUGAGUUCACUCAAUGGGGCAACUUAUAUCUCUGAUGUGAAUGUAAAUCUCGAAAAGUGUGAAAAUUAUAUACCACUGAAAAUGCAAAUUCAAGAUAAACACAACACGCGACUUAUACCACAGAGAACAGACGAGUGGUUUGAAGUAAGAAAAUGCGCUAAGGUAACUGGUAGUACCCUUUACAAAGCCCUUGGCCUUGAUGGCUUAAAAAAGCAAAAGGAAUACUUUGAACACAUAAAAUGCAACUUACCUGAGCAGGAAGUAUCGGAACAGGCCAAACUGAACAUGCAGCAUGGAACUUUAAAUGAAGAAAAUGCAGUUGCUACAAUAGUUUCCAAAAUAAUGCCCAUAUUCACCCCUGAAUUAGUAUUCUUUGAGGAAGGUUGUGUUCAAGUGUUCGACGAAGACACUCAACCCUUUUUAGUUGUUUCCCCUGAUGGAAGCCUUCGGGAAAGUGAAUCCUAUGAAUCGACAAAAGUAGCUGUUGAAAUCAAAUGUCCGGUGUACGGCGUACACACCGAAUUUCCUCCGAGAUACUAUCUGCAAUGCCAGGCUGAAAUUGAAGUGCUCAACGUUGAUUGGCUACUUUAUGUAAGUUGGACGGACAAAAUCACUUCAGCAUUUAAAGUGAAACGUGACUUCAAUAUCUUUAAAAGGGCUAUGAAAAUGGCUAUGGAUCUGUACCAAAGUAAUGACGCAAAGAAGCCCACGAAACUUGUGCCAGAAGUGAAGGCGCUUAAGGAUGACAUAGCACAACAGUGUAAAUUGGUUGAAUUUUUAGGGCUUUUUCCAUCAGCAAAGUCGUGUUAUACGGACAUAAUGAGCAAAGAGUCAGUUAUAUCCAUUGAUCAAUUUAGAGCGACAAUUGAUCAUGUAAAAUCUACAAAAAGUGAUUUUUAUGAGCUUUCCCGCGAAAGAGCAUCCGAGGCUGUUGUUUUCUUAUGCACAGAAUUAAACAGGAGUUGGAAGAAGGAACAGUUAAAAUGUGCACCGGUAGCCUGGUUUCCAAAAGGCUACAGCCUGAGAACACCAACUAUGCGAAACAUAGCAGAGCAGGUGCAUAACAUGUGUCACGAGGCAAACAUUCACGUACCAUGCGAAUCAUUUGACGGUCAGUGGCACAACAUUGUUGUCAGGUCAUUGAAAAACGAACCACUGACUAUACUCCAACUCCAAAAAGAUGUAUGGGCUGAGGUACAAAAGAUGAAGAAAACGGAUAUUGUCACAGCCUUAAAGCAAUUCAACCGCAAUCCAAUAAUCAUAAACGAGACCACACAAAAUGAAAACCUUCAAUCGAACACUAUUCGUGUGGUUGCAAACGGUUUAGAGAAAGUCCCAUUGCUACGUGACUGCAAAGCUGUAAACAACAAUGAGGAAACAACCCCUGAUGCAAUAGACAUAUCUACAAAUGUUGAAUAUGACAACUUCGAAGUGGAAGGUAAUGAUGUUCCUAAACAUGUAGAUGGUUUAGAAUAUUCUGUAGAUUUAGAAACAGAAGUUGACGAUGACAAAGAAGUACAUGAAGAGAAAAACAGUAACAGUACUAACUGUGAUACCGAGCGGCCAAGUGAUAUUGAAGAAGUCUUAUUAGACGAAGCAGAUAUACAGCAAGUAUUACUGAUGCUGCGAGUCGACAAAGUGUGUAAUUCGAAGAAUAAAUGGGACUCUGUGUCAGUUAGAGCGGUAAUGGACUACUUUCAAAGUACGAACUCUUUAAACAAACUUCUGAAUUCUGAAUUGACUGUGGUUCUUCGUUACUUAAAGAGGGUAAAGGAAAUUGACAUCAAAGAUACAUCCACAAAGCGAAACAAAAUUUUGUUCCUGGCGAAAUAUUUAAAACUUCAGAUUCCAGAAAUGAAAAAAAACAAACCUGUGAAAACUGUUAUGAAACCAUUGUAUGAAUUAGCAGCCAAAGUGGUUACAUCUAACGCAACAAAACAUGCAUUGAACAGAAUUUAUGCGGAGUUAAUAUGGCCAGAGAGAUACAAGCAAUGGAAAGAACAUGGGGCAUCACAAGCACAGCUUACUUCAAAUACAGAAUGUCUUAUUCAAAAUUGGUUUUAUCAGCCUGAAUACAGCGAUAAAAGGAAACAGUUGGAAGUACGCUGUAUUGACGCAACCCAUUUACUGACGAGAACUCGAAGAAAGAGCUGCCGAGGAGGGCUUGACAAUUCAAGCAAGAUCAGUUGGUUAAAUGUUGCUAAGACAGGAAAAACCAUGCUGACACCUAUAAUGGUCGAGGAAAUAACUGAUCCGAUGUCAUCCUCAAUGGCUGCGACACAUUUUUCAGAAGAAGUGGAACGUGAAAUGAGACUGUUGGAGGACGGAAAAACUGCUGAUCUUUGCCAUGACAUCCGACUAUGGUGGGAGUCUGAGGACAAGGCUGGAAUUCCCGCCAUGGAACGAGUCCGCAACAGGUGUUUGCUCAGAAACCGUCUUUUCAAAGAAUUCGAUUUUGGAAAAUUUCCACCAGUAACAAUGCAUGUGAAUGGCUGGCCACUUCAGCUUUGGGAGGCUCUAAUAGCUCAUAUUGACGCCAAGGCGCUUCUGUAUUCGCUUUGUCAUGGAGGCACGUAUAAUGUGAGAGCAUUCAGUAGCUUAGCCGGUGAAACAUUUUUCUCCGAGUUGACUUUAAACGAUAAACGAGGCCAGGGAACAGUGACCACAGAGGAAUUUGGACAGUUUGUUGGCAAUUCCAUCGAACAAAUGCAGGCGCGGCUUGAUCCUGAUAGGACAUUUGUAUACCGCACAGGACGCACACACGUGUAUAAUCUCCUCGACAAAUCCGACAUGUCAACACCAGAAUGUGAGCGAGAUUGUGCGGCAUGCGUUUCGAGGCAUUCGACCAUUGUAAAGGAGAUUAUUGUCAAGGACCAUAUGUUCGAUAGGCGUUCGGCGAAAAAGAAGAAGAGUGGUACAGUGUGUUUGGAUCGGAAUUCAUUACAAAAAGGAGCACUGGGUGUCAGAUGGGAAAAGGCGAGGAGAAAUGAUUCGAAAACAUUAGUAACAUCCAAAAUGGGACUCCUAGACAUUCAAUGUUGACUGAUCGAUAUGAUCAUAUCGAACUUCUAAUGCUACUAGGUAGUUCAUUUAUUGCCGGCGAAUUACAUGUAUAGUCAUUACGCAAUUACAAAGUUGUUUCUGAUUAAAUAUGUGUUGUGCCUUUAUUCUCUAUUGACAUAUCACUUAUAUGGCAAUAAUUGUUAUUAUAUGGCAAUAAUGGUAAAGAUAAAUCAAAUAAAACUGAUA